GCGAGAAAGCGGAAGUGCGAGAGUUCGCGAGAUUUGGCGUGAAUUGAACCUCUGGAGAUAAACAAAUCCGCGCAUAUACAUAGGGUAGGCAUUAUAGAUUUCUUGUUUUUAGUGAUACAGAAUGGCAUUGUCCAUUCUGUAUUGGUUGAAUUUUGUAUCCGGGACUAAAAAGCUACACCAGAAGUCUGAAGUGGCUGUGAAAUCUGAACACGUACUUAAAUUCCUGUACGAUCCUGAGCUGAGACACGUCCAGGGAAGGGUGCAAGCCAGCAUGAGGGAUAGAAGCUAUCAUAUUAACAUCACACUUGGGGAUAAUUACACUGUGGAAGACAGUAUCUGUGACUGUGUUAAUGGCCAGGAUAAGUGUCACCACAAAGCUUCUCUUCUGUUAUAUGGGUACAAGAAUGUUAGUAAGACGGAUGUCAGAGAAUCUUGGAUAAAACACCCAAAGAGUGGACCCCCAAAGAAAACGAUGACCAUGGAUGAAUUAUUUCCUCCAACACCAAAACUAGCAAAUUAUAGCCAUGCAAUGGAUAGUUUCUGAAGAACCCCCUGCUCCCAAAGUGGAUGUUCCAUGCGUAGAGGAUCUUCUGUUAACGGAAGGUUACACAAGUGCGACCAAUAAAGUGCAGUGGCUUAAAACAAACCUCCGUGUAUCGAAGCAGCAGACAGAACAAGUGGCACAAAUGACAUGUGGUCAACGAACAAAUUAUCUUUGGGCUUUGGUUAAAAAAAAUCGAUUAACGGCAUCAAAUUUUGGUGUGGUACUAUCGGCAAUAAGAAGACAGAGAUUCCCACCAUCAUUAUAUAAGCAAAUCUUUUCCUCAUACAAUCUCUCGACAAAGGAUGCCAUAUUAUGGGGGAUCAGUAAUGAGUCAACUGCUAGGACAAAAUACUGUUCAUUUGGAGAUGCUAUUGUAGAAGAAACUGGUGUAUGGCUGCAUGAGAGUGGCAUAUUGGGAGCCAGCCCUGAUGGAAUUAUUCGACGUGCAGCGACACACAAUUACAACUACCAGGAUGUAGAAUUAACAGACCUACUCGAGUGCAUGGCUGUUAAACCAGAAGUUUUGGAGGUGAAGUGCCCAUUUAGUGCAAGGAAUAUGUCAAUUCCCGAGGCCAUAGAAUCUGUCAAAGACUUUUGCUUGGAUUACCAAAUAUAUGAAGGAAGGAAGUUCUACAAAUUAAAGGAGGGCCACAGAUAUUACGAUCAGGUACAAGGACAGCUGCACAUACUUAACAGGUCAUCAUGCGACUUUGUAGUGUGGACUACGAAAGACAUAGCUAUCGUGAGAAUUCUUCAGGACAGCACCUGGACCCCAAAUAUGUCAAAACUCAUUGAUUUUUACUUUUGUAAAAUAAUCCCAAAUAUUGUUCAGGACUGACAUUUGGAGUGUAUGACAUCAUAUAGGCAAUUUUGUAUAUUUGUACUGAUAUAGGUUUUUUUCAUGAGUGACUUAAAUUGAAGUUUUUGAUUAGUGAUUACCAGUAAUCCCAAUUUAUACACAUACAAAUAUGUUAUAUGUUUAUGUAAUAAUACAGUGAGUUGUAGGGCAAUGUCAGACUUGUAUACCUGCUACAUUGAAUAUUUUGGGACUUGACUUGAACCGCUUGUUUUCAGUAAUCAUGAGGCACUAUUUAUAAGGAAUCUUAUUGUUAUACAUAUGUACUCGGGGUAAAGCUGGAAACCAACAACAGAAGUUAUACUUUGUUUUCUGAAUUAUUUCUGAAAGUUUUCUCAUCAUUACACAUAAUCAUGAAUAAUUAUUUCUUGAGUUUUAUAUUGUAUUGAUUGAUUUUUGCUUGUAGUGUAUUUCAGGUUGUUCUUAGUAUUUCUUACCACUUAAAAAUACACAAUAUAAUUUUUUAAUACAGUGAAAGAUUUCUUUCAGAACUGUAGAAGAAAUAAGUUAA